AUGGACUUCCUCAAGUCCGCGGUGGCUUCCGCCAUCGCUCAGGGGCCCCCCUUCCCGUACUCCUUCGGCGACAAGGUCGACAUCGACGAGUCCAUCUGGACACUGUUCAAUGGCACCAGGAGAGAAGACGGCUCCGACUGCAGCAUCUUCUCCUUCGACAUCCCCGCCAACAAGGGCCGCGUCGCCUUGGCGAAAAACGCCCUCAAGAAACUGCGAACCCUGCGGCAUCCCGGCGUCAUCAAAGUGCUGGAUACUGUAGAAACGGACAACUAUAUAUACAUUGCGACCGAGCGCGUUGUCCCGCUACGGUGGCAUGUGCGAAGAAAGAGCCUGACUCCCGAGACCAUUAAGUGGGGUUUGCACAAUGUUGCACGAACAAUCAAAUUCAUCAACGGCGACGCCUCUUCGAUCCAUGGAAGUCUCAAGGUUGGGUCCGUCUAUACAUCAGAGAGCGGCGAGUGGAAGUUGGGCGGCUUCGACGUUUUGAGCAGCGUCAAAGACGACGAAUCUGUCAUCUACACUUAUGGAAGUUUGGUGCCCGACUCGGCCCGAUACGCGGCCCCGGAACUAGUGCAAGGAGGCUGGGAAGUCAUCAAGAAGAACCCACUCUCGUCUGUGGACUCUUUCAGUUUUGGUUCAUUGAUAUUCGAGGUCUUCAACGGCGACUACCGCGGCUCUGACCAGGCCGGCCAGACCAAGAAUGUGCCCCCUUCGAUGCAGUCAAGCUACAAGCGGCUAUGCAACGCAAACCCAAAGUCUCGCAUCAGCGUCGCAAACUUCCUCGAUCAGGGAAAUCGAAAAGGUUCAUUCUUUGACAGCCCUCUGAUCAAGCUAACAGAGGGGAUCGAUAACUUGGGCGUCAAGAACCACGAAGAACGAGAAGCGUUUUUGAGCGAUCUGGGGCAGCUCACUGAUGACUAUCCCGCGGAAUUCUUCAAACUGAAGGUCUUGCCCGAGCUCAUCAAGUCGGUCGAGUUUGGUGGAGGAGGCCCCAAUGCUCUGGCCGUCGCCCUCAAGAUCGCAGCUAAAAUGUCCAAGGAAGACUUUUCCCUCAAGGUCAUUCCUUUCCUCAUCAGAGCCUUCGGUAAUCCAGAUCGCGCCAUUCGAACGGUUAACGACAAGAUGUUUCCUCAAAUCGUGACGGGCUUUACGGAUGUGCAGCCUGUCGUACGAGAGCAAACUCUAAAAUCGGUCCUCGUCCUUGUUUCCAAGCUCUCCGACCGAACUAUCAACGGGGAGCUCCUCAGACAGCUGGCCAAGACGGCAAACGAUGAGCAGCCAGGCAUCCGCACAAAUACGACAAUCUGUCUUGGCAAACUGGCCCGGCAUCUCGGUUCUUCAUCAAGAUCCAAGGUGCUAAUCGCCGCAUUUACGCGCUCUCUCCGGGAUCCGUUUGUUCAUGCGAGGAUUGCAGCUCUCAUGGCUCUGGCAGCCACUUCUGAGUACUUUUCAGAGGACGAUUCUGCCUGCAGGAUCUUGCCGAUGGUCUGUCCGCUGCUCAUUGACAAGGAGAAACUCGCUCGAGAUCAAGCCAACCGGACCAUGGACGUUUAUCUUCAAAAGGUUCGCAAGGCUGCCGCGUCUCUUCCUGACAGCGCUUUGCCGCCAUCACAGGCGGCAGAAGGCCAGCCUGCACACAUGAGCACCCCCCAGUCGAGCGGAUCAUCUAGCUGGACCGGAUGGGCAAUAUCUUCUUUCACAAACAAAAUCUCUACUGCGGCCGGUGAAAUGCAAAUAGCCAAUGGCUCAAGCAACGCCGUCGUUCGAUUAACACCCUCCCCAGGUCCAGAGGCCAAGAAGCUGGCCACGGCAACUGCCUCUUCGCUCCAUCGUCAGGCUGUGAAGUCGCCGCCCCCGCUGGAAAUGGACGCCGACGAUGGAGCGAAUACAUGGGGAGAUAUGGACGAUAUGGGGGACGACGAUCAAGUUGUCGAAGCAUCUUCCACCUUUACCGCCGCCGCCAACAAGGCUCCUGUAGCUGCUGCCAGUCCUGCACCAUUCGAUGAUGGCGAGCCUGACUUUGCGGGCUGGCUGGCUGCACAGGCACAGAAGAAGAAGCUCGGCGGAAACAAACCCCUACCAAAAGGACUCAACAAAUCCACCGCCGCCAAGAAACCGACCACAAGACCUGCGGCGAAACCGGCUGUUGCCAAGAAGAUAGAUAUGAAGCCCAAGGAGACGGAAAAUGAUGACGACGGCUGGGGGGAUGGAUGGUAG